UUGGACUCACCCCGGCGGGUCCAAAACUCCACCACAGUGUUUUUCACAUCAGCAGAGGCAGAAGCAGAAGCAGGGUGUGUUCUGGCUUUCAUUUGCUGAGCGCUUAGCUGCUUGGAGUCACAAGUGCUGAGAAGCGGACAACAGAAACAGAUCAUGGAGCAAAAGGUGAGCAUGGUGCUGGUGUUACUUGCUGUUGCCACGGUAACCGUGACGGCUCAGAGGCGACGCACCCAAACGGCGGCGGCGGCGGCGGCAAACACGGACGAGUGGAACUACAGGGAUGGCUCCGACAGGGUGAACAUGAGAGGCGUGGCCAACCUGACUCAAAUCCUGGACAACUGGAGGUUUGACAUCCUGAACCAGAUGAAAGGACUCCUGCAGAACGACCACCAGUCCCUGCUGCCCGACUACGCCAGGAUCCAGCCGCUGUCCGAGGCUUUGGACGACCUCUACAAGGAGUUCAACGCCCUCAAGGCUCAUCUGGGAGACCUGACCGAGAAGUUUACCGCCAUGGAGACCUUCAUGGAUGAGGUGAAGGCCAGCAGGGCCGCCGGAGCCAACCAAGCCCCGGUCCUGGCUCCGGCGCCCAGACCGGCGGGAAGGAGGGUGGUGAGGAAGAAGACCACCGCCGCCGCGACCAGCUCCUAAGCUCACGUGCUACAUCGUACUUCCUCUGUGGGUCGUGUCCUGAUAAGUCAGGAGAGGGUAAAUCUAUCGAGUAAAAAGCAAGGAGGGCGUCUACUCCAGCUCAUCCCUUCUGGAAAACGUUUUAUCACAGCAAAAAGUCGACACACUUUGAGGGAUUUGAUUUGUUCCCGUUUGCUGUUGAGCUCAGCUGAACAUGCUGAAGCUCGUCCAAGUCGGAUUGUUUGGACGAGCUUGCUUCCGCUCUGCAUUUGUUUCCUGCUGCGCCGCACACACGCUCCAAUUAACCAAUAAAGUCACUUUCUGCAUCAA